GUUCAAGAAGCCCAAGAGCACUGCCUCCCUUGGCCGCAUUAACAUCUCUUCUGUUCGCUGUGCAAUGGCACAUCCUAGGCUGCUUCUCCGUCAGCAUCUACAGUAUCGCUGGCAUUGAUUCGAAAUCAUGGCGUCAUAUUUCGACCCUCAGUCCUCCUCUAAGUUGGCCGCCGAGGUGGUUGUCAAGUCUCCAGUACAGGUAGAUGGCUUAAGUCCGGAGGAUGCAGAUACAGACGCAGAAAAUAGAAACAAGUUCUUGACUCCGCAGGUGUCUAGGAUUUUAGAGAAUCUGGACGAGCGGUCGAGUAGUGAUGGCGAAUUGAGCGCUUCUCACGACAGCGAAUCUUCUCAAGAAGAGCGUAUAAAGAAAGAGGGAGAAAACAACACUGAAGGCUCCUCAUCUCUACGAAUCCAGUUAUCGGCAAUUCCGGAAAAUAUACCAACGAAGGGUUUGGUGCAACCACCACGAAGCCCUGGCGCUGGACUUCAUAGUCGCAGAGAGAAGCAUCCACAUCUCGCACGGUUCCAUUCUCUGAGGAGUAUGCUGUUCGCAUCGCGCAUUGAGGACGCGCAUGCCCAAUGCAAGGAGGCGAAGGCCAAAGAGGAGGCGGAAGCAAAAUGGAAAGCGGAAUAUCAACAGCGGAAAGCUUUCAACAGACCCAGGACGCCGGGUUCACCGAACAAGUCCCCAACACAUGACGGGUUUUCUCACAAGCUAGGGAAUAAAUUGAGGAGGAUGACAUCGAAAGAAGGUUUUCCUAGCAAAGAUACUAAAGGAGAAGAGUCAACUGCGAGCUCGGAUGUGUCCGAUGAAUGCGACAUCCCCUACGAGUUUCCGAGAACAGAAAAGGACGGUACCGCCCCCCAGGUGGAAAGUCUAGGGAAUUCGGACGUGGAGGAUUUGGUGAGGUGGGUUAGUAGGAGAGACCCACCGAGCGACGGAGAAGUUAGGGAAAACGUCAAAGCAGCACGAGAUAUUGACAGCGGACGUGAAAGUCUGGGGCACUCAGAUAUCGAGGAGCUAGUACGGUGGGUCAGCCGGAAGGACGAGGCAGAUGUCGAGUCCACACUUGACAACAUCGGCGAAGAUGCAUCAACGGGCUCAGAGUCGGAAGGAAAUUCUCCGGGGCAAGAUUCUUUGGCGCAUGCUGAUAUUGAUGGGCUUGUGCAGUGGGUUAGCCGCAAGGAAGGACCAAAUGUAGGACCCGUUUGGAAAAAAAAACCGAGCCACAUCUUAGGUGAUCUCGGGUCCGAGAUUGAGAGUAGUGACGAGUUGGUGCGAUGGGCCACUCACAAAGACGACACCAGUGGCAAAUCGGCGCAUAGCGAUGCAAGCGGUAUCUCGACGAUUUCGGAUUUGGGAGAUGAGUUUGCAAAAGGGCGUGGGAGUCUGGCACAGAGAGAUGUUGAUGAUCUCGUGAGGUGGAUCCGUCGAAAGGAUGGGAAGAAGAGUGAUUUGAAAGGAGGAGAUGAUAAGAUGCCUUCUGGUGGAGAUGAGGAGGGGGGAGGAAUGAGAACAGACCAGGGGAUUUUGGCGCCUGGCGAUGGGGGUGAGCAUAUUCGCUAGCUUAGCAAGAAGUAGAACUUCUUCGACACCAUAAACGAUAGGGGUAAUCGGUGAAAGUUCUAGAGGGAAGACAUUUCCUGGAGCUGAAAUGGAUAGGAUGGUAGCACAAAAGUUUUUGUAUUAUAUCUAUAUGUUAGAAACAGA